CACCCUGAAGGAAUCAGUCAUGUGACGGCUGGAAAAAUCCAUCUGUCACACCCUGAAGAUGGAGCACAAAACACAUGAUCCAACAGAAAAUCUGUUGAAGGAAAGCAAAGCCACGUCCUGGGGUCCAAUAAACACAGGAGUACAGAAAGGCAGUGGUCAGAUCCAGCUGUGGCAGUUCCUCCUGGAGCUCCUCUCGGACAGCACCAACAUGUCGUGCAUCGCCUGGGAAGGAACCAACGGCGAGUUCAAGCUCAUCGACCCGGACGAGGUGGCCCGGCGCUGGGGGGAGCGCAAAAGCAAACCCAACAUGAACUAUGACAAGCUGAGCCGGGCCCUGCGCUACUACUACGACAAGAACAUCAUGACCAAAGUCCACGGAAAGCGUUACGCAUACAAGUUUGACUUCCACGGCCUGGCGCAGGUGUGCCAGCCGUCCACCACGGAGCAGGCCAUCUACAAGUUCCAGGGGAACUUCUCCCCUAUUCCGUUUUCAGGGAUCUCCAAACUGAACCUGGUGGCUCCAGGUGUGGCCCCCUCGGGCUUCUCGUACUGGCCCGGGUCCCCACCGGCGGCCCUGUACCACAGCCACAACCUGCAGCCUCCGGGCCCGUUCGGCACCGUGUCCCCGUCCCACAUCAGCUGCGUCAACAACAUCAACAGUCUGAGCAACAUCAACAACCACUAUAACUGACUGGAGAACAGCUUUAGACCAGGGCCGGCACACUCAGUCCACUUCAGGGGCCACAUCCAGAAUAAUACAGCGGCUCCCAAACUUCCCAU